UUCUCGAGAGCAUUGAAGCCAUGCUUAUACCUCUUCAAAAUUUUUAGAAGGCAUAAUUUUAUACCAUGGCUGGGAGGAAAUCCGAAACCCGACUUGGCUUUUUUUCUGAUUCUUCUUUUAGUCACACAAAUACUGACCUGACUCGAAAUCCGACUAUAAGAAAAAAUUGAAAACUCGACUCUAAACCAGAUCCGAUUUUUUUCUCAUGUCAAUCCUUCCCCGUUUCUGCUUCAUAACCUCUCUCAAAUGUUUCAGUCAUUCAACAAUUUCACAAAAACAAGCUGAAGUUCCUGAAUCCUCCACAAAAUCGUCUUCAGAGGCAUCCCUAGAAUCGCCUAUAGAGUCAACUUCUGCACAACCCGAAGUUUCUUCCUCCCCCACAACUUCCCCCACAACCUCUCCAACAAUUUUAGCAGCCCAACAAGAAGAAGAAAGCACCCAACAAUAUCCCCAUUCAAAACGAAAUUAUGCCUCUAAAGAAUGUGGAGCCAAAGUUUUAUAUUCAAACGAGGAAGCUGAAAAUAAGGGGGCAAUAUUAAACGACCCUGAAAGGGAUGAUUAUAUGAGGAAUCCUUGUGAACGUGCACAAAAUAAAUUUUUGAUUAUUGAAUUGUGUGAGAUUAUACAGGGCAUUUUUGAGUGGGAUCAAAUGUCACCUAUUCCUUUUUUUACUUGGAAAUCCAAAAAAUUUUUGUUGGUAUUCGGGAAGAGGAUAUAUAGAUUUAGGAUGGACAUGACGUCCUUAUGAUUUUUAAUUUUUGGGGGAGCCUCCAUUUAAUUUUCUUUUCUGAUCAUCUGUUAGAGUUUGAUUUUUGGGUUUUCCUUUCCUGGGCCUGUCCAAUUCGAUUUAUAAAUUUAUUUCUUGGGCUUUUUAGUAUGAACGGGAGAGUAUGAACUGGGGAAGUUUUUAGAAUUUGGGCUGUGGAGAAAAAAGGAAAAAAAUUUUCCUUGGGAAAAAAAUUUGUGGGAUGAAAUGUCAUCCCCAUAAAUUUUUUAUUUUUUC